ACCACAUCCUCUCCCGCUCUCUUAUCUUCGACUUCCACCUCCAACAAAUUAAUGUUUUUGUUUUAUGUAUUCUUCAUCCUCAUUAUACAGCUAUUUUAUUAACCCAUUUAUGUUUUUGUAUUUUACUUUGAUUUCAAUUCAUCCUCCUUCUAAUCCUCGGUCAGAUUGCUUCUGUUUUAUCACUCCUCUCUCCCUGCUCCUGUUGAUCACCUUCCGUUUCAUUCUCCUGCAUAAGCUGUUCCCUAAUUUACAAGCUCACAACUUACUGACCGUAAGAAUUUAAAAAAGUGGACAGGAAACAUGGAAUUUGAGGAGCAAGAUCAGGAGCACGAAGAGGCAGAGGAAGAAAUGGGGAUUCCCAUGCCCCCGACUAGCUACGACUCGGCUCCCUCCAAAACUGGUGCUGCCUUCGGAGCCGAGGGAGGUGCAUCCGCCCUGACUGGGGGCAGGAAAGGCGGUCAGACGGGAACAGUCAGGUACAGGGAGUGUCAAAAGAAUCACGCCGUCAGCAUCGGCGGCCACGCCGUUGACGGUUGCGGUGAGUUUUUAGCGGCGGGAGAGGAAGGCACGCUUGACGCUCUCAAAUGCGCCGCCUGCAACUGUCACCGCAACUUCCACCGCAAGGAGAUCGAGGGAGAAACUAGCUCCUUUCACCUGCCGCCGCAGCCGCACCACCCCCAGUACCACCAUCAAUUUCCCCACUACUACCGCGGUCCGCCACCGCCAGGCACAGGAUACCUCCACCACCACCUGACAAAUCCGGCGAUGGCACAUCACCGGCCUCUGGCUCUGCCAGCCGCGGCAUCCGGAGGGGGACUGAGUAGAGAAGAUGAAGACAUGUCCAAUCCGAGUAGCAGCGGAGGCGGGGGUUUCGGCGGUGGGGGGAGCGGUAGCGAAAGGAAGAAACGGUUUCGAACGAAAUUCACGCAGGAGCAGAAGGAGAAGAUGCUGGCAUUUUCGGAAAAGGUGGGGUGGAGAAUCCAGAAGCAUGACGAACCAGCGGUGGAGCAAUUCUGUGCGGAGACCGGUGUCAAGAGACAGGUACUCAAGGUUUGGAUGCAUAAUAACAAAAACACUCUCGGUAAGAAACCCUAAUUUCAAUUCUUUCUUUUCAUUUUUAAGUCCACAGGAGAUGAGUGAGACGACGAGAGAGUGAUGAAAAAUAUAUGUACUGAGAAAUUUAAUUAAUGCUAGGGUUCUUACUCCUGCUCAUUAUUUCUGCUUUGCUUAAGUAUUGAUAUUAGUUCUAUGCCAUUUGUUUCAUGGUUUUUUUUUUCUUCCAAACAUAAAUUUUGGGUGGAUUCGGAUGGUGAUUUCUGGUAUGAUGUGUGCAUAAAACCACCAUUGAGCUGGCUGCAAGUCUGGUUCAGAAUAUGAGGAAGUGUAAUUAAUAGCGAAAUUUCAGGGAAGAGAGACAGAAAAGAGUAAGUAGGAAGCUAGUUAUGGAAGAAUGAAUGAAGAAGGUGGUGAUUUCAUGUGAUAAUGAAUGUAGGAAGAUGAAUCCAUGGGAAUUCAACGUGCAAAGCAUGCAAGUGCGAAGCUGUUCCACUUCGGCUUUGUGUUUUUUUCACAUCUGUCAUCUUUUCCUGCUUUCCCUCCGGGCUUUCUCACCGCUUCAGUUUCUCAUUUCUCUCUCUUAUUAAACUCGCAACCUCUUCCUCCUUCGCAUUCUAGCUACAUGCUUUCCACAUACGUCACCGGAAAAAAUCACUUCCUACAUAUUCAAACCAGAUCCAAUCUCAGUGAUGACCAUCUUCUGCGAAUUUACUCUCCCCUAAAAUACUUUACUGUGUUAAAUAAUGGAGAGAGAACGGGAGAUGUAAAGUCCAAAUCGGACCACAUUGGUGUAUGACUUCCUCCAACCUCUACCUGGGAUGAUCUCUUCUCAACUUUAUUCUAUAAUUUUCUUAAAGAUUGGCGGAGCUAGAAUCCCGAUCUCACAUGUUGCGCGUGAAAAUGAGCCAUACAUUCUCGUCCGUUGCAACUGUGGAUGUUCAUUAUUCUUGACAUUAUUUUCUAGUACUUGGGUGAACGAGGGAUACCUCGUCCUCCAUUAAUUGUUCUAUAUGUACAAACUCCCAAUAAAUUUGCUCCUUUAUGUUGGUUCGCUGUUACUUUAUCUUUCCGGGGCCUGAAAAAAAUUGAGAGCUCUUGAAUUUGAGUCUUUUCAAAACAUCUAUUCGGAUGCAUGGUGCGGGAGAAACAAGGAAGGACUGGACUGGUCGAACAAAGUUAAGAUGGAGACAUUCAAAAUACUCGUACACUGUUAACGUGAAAGUCGCAUCAUUGAUCGGAGCAGCUAGCAGAUGUGCAGUGUUUUAUAUAUGUGUAUAUAUAUAUAUAUAUAAUUUUUACAGUUGCGAGGUGAACAGCGCAUUCUUGUUACUGUUUUGUCUUCUUCUCUUGCUUUUAAUGUUCAUUAUUACUUACAUUA